ACAUGUUACAAGCAACUAAGCCAGGUGUCUUAGUUCUGAUAAUAAGUUUUUUCCUUUGCUUAUUCGUCGCUUUAUCACCUCAUCUCUCAAAAUUCUGGCUGCUAAACGAGGAAGAUAAACGAGGAAUUCUCAAGAAGAACAGUCAACAGCGACCGCCAUUAAAAAUAUUUAGCAACUCUGGAACUAAUAAUGUAAAAUCAAAGGAUAACCAGACAAACGGAAUAAUACCACUGGAGGAAGAGCAAAAAGCCCGCCUUUCAACUCUUCAAACAGCAUGCACCGUUACCAAACACAAAUCAAAAUUCGAUGUCGUUCUCAACCCUCCGAAUAAUUUAUAUGUCGAUUGUGAACAUAAGCUAUUGUACUGUAGCAUUCCUAAAAUUGCUUCUACAAACUGGAAACGUGUACUGUUGGUUUUAGCUGGAAAAAUGAAAACGAUACAUUCUGAAAAUCAAUUGUAUGUUAAUAGAAUUGGGAGUAGACAAUUGAAACGUUUCCGAGAUUUAAAGUUACCUGAUCGCCAGGCUGUCAUGUAUACAUAUAUUAAAUUUUUAUUUGUUCGUCAUCCAUUUUCCCGGGUGCUCUCCGUAUUUAGGAACAAACUUGAACCCAAUUCGACAUUUGAACGAGCGCAUGCAUGGCAAAAGAGAUUGGGUCGUUUUAUUAUAAGAAAAUAUCGACAGCACAAUAAACAACAGUCGCAGCAAAAUGUAGAACAUAAAUAUGACUUAACAUUUGGUGAGUUUAUCAAGUAUAUUAUUGAUAGAAAUAUGAACAGUGAAAAUGGUCACUGGAGAGAGAUGUAUCAGAUGUGCUUUCCAUGCGAUAUACCAUACACGUUUAUAGGAAAGUUUGAAACACUCACGACCGAUGCACAGCAUUUACUGGCAGUAGCAAAUGCAAAUAAGAAGGUUCAGUUUCCCCCAUCUUCUGCAAGCAGUCCAACGAACAGUUCCAAUGACACAAUUUUCAAUGAAUAUUUUAAAGAUAUUCCUCGACAAGAUAUUGAAGCUUUAUAUAAAAGAUACCAACUAGAUUUUAGACUUUUUGGAUAUCAUCUUGAUGAACGAUUUUAAUAAUGGCGAGAAAAAUGUUAUUGAUAUUCCAAACAUGCCACUCUGAUGACGAAUGUUUGAAAAAAAAAAAAAUCAUUCGUCAUUACGUGCAGAACAGGGCCGGCGGAACGUUUUUCAAAGUGGGGGGACCACUUAUAAGAUGAAUGGGAAUAUGAAUCAUGCAGAUCUGGAAUA